AUGUUUAUAUUGGCCAGGAUCUAUUCAGGACUGGAAGCUGUGCUCAUUAAGUCUGGACUAGUUGAUGAGUUCAUGGAUGAGCCUGAGCUCAGAUUCCCUCACACCAGGACGCUGGAGUACCUGAUGCGUCAUUUGGCGUCUCUCGCUGGGAACUGCUUGAUCACCAACAUGGAUGCUCAGAAUUUAGCAAUAGUGUGGGCUCCAAACCUCUUAAGAUCCCAGCAGAGCCAGUCAGCCUGCGCCAGUGGAGGAGCUGCUGCCUUGGAAGUCCAGACGCAGACAGCUGUUGUGGAAUUCCUCAUCAGCCACACAGAUGUCCUCUUCUGCUCCAAAUCCACACCAGCCUUGGGAGAGGGAGUAGGGCACAGUUCUCUGCCUGGGCCCAAGUCUGUGUGGGUGUCUCCAUCCACAAAGCUGCUCACCGUGCAGGAGGCACAGGCUGAGAGGAGAGGCCAGAGCAGCUCUCCUGUUGCAACACGGAGCAGCAAGAUACAAGUGGAGGAAGGCCCCGCAGCUGUACUGGGCAGAUUCCACACAGUCAUUAAUUUUCCAUCUGAAAGACCAUGUUCUCCCGGCAAGAGGAAGGAAUCACCUGCUGGCAGUUGGUGUUCCUGUUUCUGCCUGCGCAAACGAUCCCAUAUGGCCAAACACCAAUUGCAGAGCAGUGCCAGGGAGCCUUCCAAAGCAGAACGCGUGGUCCUGGCAGGUGAAUCGAGCUCUUGUGAACCCAGAAGAGCCAGGUCAAGUGCUGAUUGCUCAGAGAGUGCUUCCAUCAACAGAGACCUCAUGGGAAGCACAAGUUGCUGCAAUUCAAAUGAGAGCCUCCCGUGUGCCAGCAGCGACGGAGAGCAGGAGGUCAUUGUUCAGGCACUCAUUUCUCCCAGCUCUGCUGAAGGGGCUGAUCUGAGCCUGCCAGAAAACACAGUCACCAGCCUGGACUGUGGCCUGGUGCCUUUGCAGAGCAGCCCAGACCAAACACAACCCGAGUGCCCCAACAGCGGCACCUCCAAGCAGGACGAAGUCACUAUCAGUGAGGUGAAGCUGAGCAUCUUAGAUGGGGACUUAGAGUCAGGCUGCCAGUCCCAGGCACCAGGCAGCAGCACCAGCUCUGAGCCACUCUCAUCUUGACAAGAGGAGUCCCAUCUUCACCCUUGACCUCUCAAGCCCUCCUGUCUUUUAUUGAAUAAAGUCACUCUCAUGCUCAGUCA